CGACCUUUAUUAGAAUCACUGAACAACUCCUACCAACCUUGCACACGGGCUCAAGUCUUCAGAGAAGGAGAGUUGAAUCCAUGGCAACUUCCAAGCUUCAAGCUCUCUGGAACCACCCGGCCGGUCCCAAAACUAUUCACUUCUGGGCACCAACUUUUAAAUGGGGCAUCAGCAUAGCUAAUGUUGCCGACUUUGCAAAACCACCCGAAAAACUUUCCUAUCCCCAGCAAAUUGCGGUGGCAGCAACUGGAAUUAUCUGGUCGCGCUACAGCACUGUUAUUACGCCGAAGAACUGGAAUCUUUUUAGUGUAAACGUUGCAAUGGCUGGAACAGGGCUCUACCAACUUUCACGCAAGAUCCGGCAUGACUACUUUUCUGAGUCAGAAGAGGCUGCAGUUGCAAAAGAAUGAUGACGAAAAAUCUUCUAAACAUCUUGUUACAGGGUGAUUAACCACAGUUGCCUUUGCCCCACUUUGUUAUUUGUUCUCUUUUUACCUCGCAAUUGAUUCAAGUUCAAAAUGUCAUUGAUGCAUGCCUUAUUUUUGGCCUUGAAUUGUUAAAUAAGUUUUUGAGAAUUUGUAACAGAAUAUUGGUUGUCUUUCCCAUUAUGCUUGUAAAGCUAAUAAAAAUUCUGGGAAAAUUUGGAUGGGGCUAAUAAAAUAUCGUUUUAACGCC